AUGUUGAAGCUACCUACUUAUGUCGAUGUGUUAGAAAGGGUUGUUAUAGCAGAAGGAAACAUUGUUGCUCAGAAUCGGAUUUCCAAGUGGAAAGGGAAAAGGCAGAACAAUCAAUGGCCAAAGGGGUUAGUUACCCCACCAAAUAAGAAGCAUAAUUCAGGGAACUCCAGCACCACCACCCCUGCUCAAAACUCCACUCAUGUGUGUUCAGACUGUGGAAGGCAGCAUCAUGGGACUUGCCACUGGAAGACUGGAGCUUAUUUUAAGUGUGGCAAAACGGGUCAUUUGGUAAGGGAUUAUCCGCAGUGGACUCAACAAAAGGACACUAGGACUGCUACAAGUUCCGUGGGGUCUACACCAACCCCCAACACAAAGGCAGCUGCUAAACCUACUAACAAUAAAGAUACGACAAGGCAAGGGAGGGUGUUUGCAUUGGUCCCGGGAGAUGUACAACACGCGGCAACAGUGGUGUCAGGUACAUUUAUUGUUCACGGUCAUUCUGCUCACGUAUUGUUUGAUUCGGGCUCCACCCACUCUUUUGUGUCGAAACUAUUUGCUCCUAAUCUAGAUAAAACUGAAGAAAACUUAUAUUAUAUGUUGUGUGUGUCUUCACCUUUGGGAAACUCUAUGAUCUGUGCUUCUGUAUACUUAGCUUGUGAACUUCAACUUGGGGAUAUUCGGGUGUAUGCUAAUCUAUUACCUCUUGACAUGACCUAUUUUGAUAUUAUUCUGGGAAUGGAUUGGCUGAGUGAUUAUGGUGCAACUAUAAACUGCUUGACUAAGAAAAUCAGUUUCCACCCUCUGGGACAAUCAGAGUCUAUUGUUCAGGGAUAG